UUGGAACAAAUACGGUGAAAGAUGUCUAGAAUGCCACCACCGGGAUGUGCUCCGUAUGAGGAAUACCCUGAUCCGUACUCUGAAACAGUGAAAUAUUUGUGGAAAAUUAUCCCACUUGUAGUAGUUAUCAUCGGAUUGUGUGGUAACAUUUUGACUGUCAUCAUUCUAUUACGACAGAGAAGAAAAACAUCGUCGACGGCACUUUUUCUGUUUACAUUGGCAAUAUCAGAUACGAUCACCCUACUGAGUUCUCCUAUACGUAAUUGGUUGCUUCGUGGCAUAGAAGAAAAAGACGUUCGAAAUAUGAGUGAACUUGGAUGUAAGUUCUCGAACUUUUUUACGUACGCAUCUGUGCAGUUUUCGUCGUGGAUUCUGGUCGGUGUCACGUGUGAACGGCUCAUUAGCGUCGUGUGGCCGCACCGGGUCCGGCUAGGAUGCACUCCUCGCGCUGCGAUCGUGACCAUUUUUGCACUGCUGAUUCCCAUCCUGGGCCUGAAUGCCCAUAUGUUUUACGGACAUGGAAAUUCCAGCUUAGUACCACGUGAUGGGCCUUGUGAACCAUUGUAUAUAGGGUACUCAAAGUUUUGGGACAAAUACUGGCCGUGGAUUGAUUUUGCAGUUGCAUAUGCCGUCCCAUUCCUUUUUUUGGCUGUGAGCAAUACAGUCAUCAUAUACAAAAUGCAUAAGACACAUAGACAGAGACGGCGCAUUAGUUCUGUUGGUAAACACGGGGUCGACAACAGUGCCCGAGAUAAGAAGCUUGUGACAAUUGUUUUGGUCAUUUUGACUGUCAGCUUCUUCAUCUGUCUGACACCCGUUCAAAUCUUCUUUAUCUACCAGCCGUAUUGGAGGGAGAGAGUAUUUGAAGAAUACUUUUGUCAAGACUGGAAGCGAUUCGCCGAGGAGACAGGGAAGUUUCAGCUCGUUUUCGCCAUCGUUAAUCUUCUAUCUUACAUAAAUGCAGGGUUUAAUUUCUUUCUGUACGUGAUAAGUGGCUCCAAGUUCCGACAUGAAGUUAAGGCCCUGUUUAUGUGUACACCGAGUGGUGACGCCGUUUUUGGUUCGAGUACCUCAAGUAGUGCGCGCAGGCAUCUUACACAUGCCACAUCAGUGCAGAGUAGAUUAUCAUCGCAAAAUAGUUUAAGCAGAUCAAGUGAUGACGCGGUCAAAGGGCAUAAUAUAGACGUUCAACAUGCAAAAAACUGUCGUUCAGAGGUAAAAACUUCAGCUCCAGAAGAUGUUGUUGUCGAUUAUGGUGUGCAAAACAAAGGUUUUGAUGUGAACGACAGUUUCAAUACAAAGCUGUAACACAACUUUGAUAGAAAUGCUGCUUAUAUACUGAAAGUCAAUGAAAACGCACCACUGUAGCAAGUUUUUGAUAGGCUAAGAUUCAAAUACUGUCAAAAAACGUUUUAAAGCAUGUACAUUACUUCUUCCGUGCUCCGCCGACUUCGCAUAUAUACUCCUCAAGUUUUGUGUCGGGAAUUAUCGAAUAAUUUAGUUACCAUUUUGAAACAUUAUAAUGCUAGCUUUGUUUCUUAUCCAUGAUUUUUUUCGAUAUAGACUUCUUGAUGAGGUUCAUCACACGUGGGCCAGAAUAAUUUUAUUCGAAAAUAAUUUUAUAUGGCGUUUCGCUAGGCAAUGUCUUUACAAGGUUCUGAAAUUCUUUUCGAAGGAACAAUUCCUGCUACUGACGUGACGUCUUUAAACGUAAUAUUUUCUCUGUGUUGAAUACAUACUACAUGUACCGACUCGGAUUAAGCUGCGGUGCGUUUUCAUUGGGUGUCAGUAUAUUUACUAAACAAAGCUUAUUGAUAAAUGGCUGGACUAGCCUGAGAUUGAGCGUUGACAAACUGGUCCAAAUCCGAAGUGGUUCCUACUUAAAUUUCACUGUCCUAGCCAAUUAAGUUACAAAAUUAACUAUGACUAUGUAGAGUAUAGUUGUUGAUCGUUAAAUAGUUUAUCGAAUGAACCUUUAGUUGUAUAUGUGCAAAAUUACCUUUUGGUGUUCACGAGGUGAAAUAUACUGCGAUCUUACACUAAAACAAACCAUUUUUACUAUAUGCUUAAAAGGGAUAUAAAAUGACAUUUAAUUGUAGUUUUCAGAAAAGCGCGGCAAAUUAAAUAAAAAAAGAACGUAACAUUAUUUCGAUAUUGACGUCUUUGAAAUUAUGUCCCAGCCAAUGGACUUUUAUCUUUGAUUUGGACGGGAAAGCAGACUAAUGUUUUAUCUUGUUUAAAACAGUGACAUCUAGUAUAUAUCUUUUAAUAGCUAGAUAACUAAAAACCACCUGAAAGCAUAUAAUAAAGCAUAAAGUUGACAAUUGUUUUAUAUUUCUGUUGCCUUCUAAUUUUUGUUUGAACUCGCGCCUUUACAUUUUGCUACUGAGCUUGUUUCUGUAGUUUUUUUUCAUAAAUAUUUGACUAGGUUUCGGGUGAUAUUUGGCCUGCUGGACCUGUCAUUGCAGUUUCCAUAUGUUUUAUUAUUAAUACUUCCAUUCUGAACUAAACAAUUUGAACAGAGAUUUAUCGUAACAAAUAUGUUCAUUUUCCAUUAACUGAUUGAUAUGUUUUCAGUUCUGAUUGGAUCCAUCAUUAAUUGGAUUUCGCUUGACUUUAAUUAUUCAAAGUAGAGAUAUAACCGGGUGUAUAAGGGUUGUAUAAGGGUUGUUUAAAAAGACAAUGUGUUAUGCAUGGCCAUUUAUAUUGCCAUUAAAACAUGUUAUUUAUUUUUCAUGAUGGCAAUGUUUUCACUACAUUACUACUGUCAAAGCACAAGUUCAACAUAGGUUUGUAUGUUGCAUGCACAGUUGAGCAUGUACUCAUUUAAUGUUAGAUUAUCCAAUCAAGACAAUUCAUAUGAGCAAAUUUUGCAAUAUUGUAUCACUGGUAAUUGCUGUCGUGAGUGAGGUACAUUAACCGCUUCGCUACCUAUAAAACUUGAUAAAUUUAAUGUAAAAUUACAGCGCUUUUACAACUGUUUUAUUUUAGAAGGAUCGGUUCACUUUCGUAACACUUAAAAACGUUUUAUUACAUCUAUAGAGAGAAGUGAUUUUGUCAGUUUGAUCACUAGAAAAAGAUUUGUUUAUCCAAAAAACAAAUGAGUGAUUUUAUGACCGAAGCCUUCAAAGAUAUAUCUCCAAAUAUUCUGGUGAACGCAACAAGGCAAUAUAUCGAACUAUUAUCAAUUUUGUUCUUGCUGUCUUUUUAUCAUGUCGCAUGUGUUCAUAGAUUUUGUGUCAUAUU